AUGGUCGCAAACGGCACUGGUGUCGAGAUGGGGACAGGUGGUACUCGAGACCUACAGACCAAGGCAAUGCCUGCUCAGCCUACUCGAGUUACUGGUCUGACUGCGAAACCACCGGGACCAAACGCGCUCUACAGCAACAUAGACAAAGUCCACGGAGACUGGCGAGACGACCUCAUUCGCGACGGCUAUGUUGUAAUUAAGAGUGCCGUUCCUGCAGAACGUGCUGCAAACUAUCGAGAUGAUAUGCUCUCUUACCUCGAAACAUUCGCUGGCGGUCAAGGUUUCAAACGUGAUGAUCCGACAACCGUGCUGGAGAAGCACCUUCCGAUCAUGAACGAGAAGGGCAUGAUUCUGGGUUACGGCGCGCAACACGAGCAGUUCUGCUGGGACAUUCGAGCAGAGCCAGGAGUUCUCAAUGCGUUUACGACCAUCUAUGAUACAGACGACCUGAUGGUCUCAUUUGACAGCAUGAACAUGCAAUGGCCAAAUCGCAAGGAUGCCCAGCCCAAUACGCCAUGGCCACAUCAGGACCAGCACCCAGAGACCUGGAACUUCCGAUGUAUGCAGGGUCUCGUCAACAUCUUUCCCAAUGGCGCGAACGAUGGCGGCCUGAUUGUCUGCAAGGGUGCUCACAAGCUCACUGAGGAGUUCCACAACGAGUUCCGCGACGAAGUUGACAAAGUGUGGAGCUGGACACCAGAGUGGUACGGCUUUACGAAGUCAGGCAUGGAGUGGUUAGAGAAGAAGGGCUUGGAGUGGGUCAAGCCAUGCGCUGAGCCUGGCGAUCUCAUUCUAUGGGAUAGCCGCACACCACACUAUAAUCUGCCACCUACCGGCGAGAGUCCACGCUUCUGUACAUACGUCUGUAUGGGCCCUCUGUCCGACAUUUCCCAGGAGCAACUUCGUCUGAAGAAGGAAGCAUUUGAGAACUGCCGUGGCACUACACACUGGCCGCAAGGUUUGAACAUCAUACCACCCGGCGCUGUCCCAGUCAAGCGUAAUGGCGAAGAAUGCCCCCACAACACUUGGCAGCCACGCAAGAAGCCGGUAGUCAGCGAGCUUGCCUGGAAACUCACUGGCAUACCAUACAUCCAGACGGAAGCCUGA